AUGGCUCGAAAACGUCACCGAAGUACCGACGCCGACCUCGCUGCAUUGCCGUCCGACUCGACGGCAAUGGACCACGACACGAGCGUCUGCAGCGUCGAUAGCAACGGCAGCGACCGAUACGUUACGCGCGACAUGAGGACGACCCAAGAGGACGACGAAAUGGCUCGGACGCGUCCGACGCGACGCGCCAUCAUCUGGUUCCGACGCGACCUGCGACUGCACGACAACGUGGCGCUGGACGGCGCGAUUCGCGCGCAGCAGGACGCUGGUGGACACGAGAUGGCGCUUCUGCCGCUCUACAUUGUCCACCGUCCAAAACGGCAGCGCUGUGGCGCCGUGCGGUUCCAGUUCCUGCUCGAGUCGGUCGCGGACUUGGCCAAGUCCUUUGCAGCGCUGAAUGGCCGGUUGCUUGUCUUGCGCGGCGACGCGGAGGAGGUUUUGACUGCUGUGAUGGCAGCCUGGAGCGCCACGGACCUUUUCUUCGAGGAGGGGGUCGUGCAUUAUGCUGUCGCGCGGGACGACCGCGUCCGUGCAAUUGCUGCGUCUCUUAACAUCAAGACACAGUCGUUUCGGGGCGUCACGCUGUACGAUCCACACGAGAUUAUCGACAAGAACGGUGGUCAGCCACCUGCAGAUUACGAGCGGCUGCUGGAGAUUACUGACAAGAUGGCACAGCCAGCAGUGCCUAUUGCAGCCCCGCUCUCGCUGUUGAAUGCAGCAGCAUUUAGUACCAACGAGUUGUUUGCAAUGCUUUGUCAACACGACAGCAGCGCUGCGCACGUCAUGGCUGGGGUGAACUCUGACACGGCACAUGCUGGUUUGGAGUUGUUUGCCGUGCCGCACCUUACCGAGCUUGGACUGACGCCUCCAGACCCUCACACGCCGUUUAUCGGCGGUGAAAGCGAAGCAAUGAAGAGACUGGAUGCAUUUUGCAAGGACGAACGACGUGUUGGGCUCUUUGAAAAGCCGAAGACGUCACCUGUUGCAAUAGACGCUGCAUCAACGACGACGUUAAGUCCGUAUCUGACGUUUGGUUGUCUCAGUGCACGUGAGUUUUUCUACCGUAUCAUGUACAUCCAGCUGCAUUUCCGGAAUCGCCCUGGUCCCACUCAAGUCACACUGGAAGGCCAGCUCAUGUGGCGAGAGUUUUUCUACUGCUAUGCCUGUAGUUCGCCUGACUUUGACUCGCUGGAACGGAACCCGAUUUGCAAGCAGGUCGACUGGAGGCUGCUUGGUGAAGAGUAUGUAUCACAUCCGGAAUUAGACCAGCAAUGUCUACUCGGUACGACCGACGCCGAGGAGAAGCUUGCAAUGUAUCAUUUGCAGUGCUGGAAGGAUGGACGCACGGGGUUUCCGUGGAUUGACGCCGUGAUGCGACAGAUAAAGCUGGAAGGCUGGACGCAUCAUGCAGGACGCCAUGCUGUAGCGUGCUUCCUCACUCGUGGAGGGCUUUACAUCUCGUGGUUGCGCGGUGCGACACACUUCCAGGAGACGACCAUUGACAUGGACUGGCCGAUCAAUGUUGGGAACUGGCUUUGGGUGAGCGCGAGCUGCUUCUUUUCAAACUACCGCCAGGUGGCGUCUCCGUCCACGUUCCCUCGACGAUGGGAUAAGCAAGGUCGCUUUAUCCGCAAGUAUAUCCCUGCGCUGCGGAAUAUGCCGGACAAGUACGUGCAUGAGCCAUGGAAAUCGUCGCUGAAAGAACAGCGAAAUGCGGGUUGUCUGAUCGGUAAGGACUACCCCUUCCCCAUUAUUGAUUUCAAGCAUGCUAUGACGCGUUGCUUAGCUAGCAUGGGUCAAGCUUACUCCGACAGUGAGACGGAGUCUACCACAACCCCAGGAUCGAGCACUUCUGCACCGACAGGUGACAUGGAAGCAGGCGAUCCCUCGCCCUGGGACUCUGACGAUAUGUGCUACAGCUACAGAGGCCCUACAUCGAGUUCGCAGUCGUGA